UAUCAACCAGUGGAGAGAGAUAGUCACUCCACAGUAAAGGUAGGCGACUACCUAUAUAUGUGGGGUGGGUUUGGGUCUGAAGUACACUAUGAUGUGAUGGAGGUGUACCACUUACCAACUGGUGCUUGGGACCAGAAACCUACUACUGGUACCCCACCACCAGGUACCAGGGCCUACUCAUCUGUUGCAAUAGGGAAGGACAUAUAUUAUUUCGGUGGACGUGGUGGUGGUGUCUAUUGUAACAGUGUGCAUUCCUUCAAUGUGGGUUCAUUUAACUGGAGGGAACUCUCUCCAUCUAGCUCUCAUCAUGGUCCAAUGAAAAAGGGCUACUGUGGAAUGCUAUCAGCUCAUUUGGAUGGUAAAGACUAUCUUGUAAUAAUUGGAGGAAGUAGAUCAUCUUUUAUAAAUACUCCAAAGCAACCUGGUGCUCAAUAUUCAGCUGCUGGUAGAUGUAAUGAGAUACAUUAUUACAGGAUUUCAUCAGAUCAAUGGAUAUCUCCUGUUGUUACUGGAGACAGACCACCUCCUAUUGAUGACUUCACUCUAACACCAGUUACUAAUAACACUGCAGUAAUGUUCGUAGGUGAUACUGAUAAUGGAGCGAGUAAUAAACUGUAUAUGAUAAGUUUCACUAAGACAUCAGUGGUGAGUUAAUACUGUAGGAUGGGUUUUGAUUGUGAGAUUCUUUUGAUUGCAAAUUA